GGCUGACAUUGCCUUUCCAUAUGGCAGUGAUGUGUGCUCGUACAAUCUGCCAUUAAAGCAGGUCUCACCUCCGCUAUGGUUGCACUAUAUCCUAGAAGAGUGUUUGGAUUACUCGUCCUAGGAAUUAUUCUCACUUUGCUAUAUUAUCAAAACCGGCUUGUAAUAUUUAAAGAAGGGAAAGCGGACUACUCAUCUGGUUUGAUCAACGGAACUCUGGCAUCACUGUCAUCUACGCCCAUCGACAAUGUGAAUGCCAAUAAUACAGGCAAUAGUAGCAUUCACUAUUUUCAUGAACCAACGGAAAAUACAACACUCCGCCACGCUAAUAAUAGCAAUAAAUCAACGCUUAACAAUACGAAGAACACCCAGAACAAACUUUCCAACGCAUCAACUGUGACGUCAGCCAAUGAAACUAGUACUUUCGAUAACAUCCUUUCAAAAUACAGUUGGAUGAAACGGAAAAUGUUUACCCCAAAUUAUUAUUUACAUCCCAACCCGAAAAACACGUCUGCAAAGAAUAUUUUGGUUUUCGUACACAAUCAAAAGUCAGGAGGAUCUACAUUAAAAGCAUGCAUCGACAACAUUACAAAGAAACUCCAUCUGCCGGCAUACAAGGGGAUUUGGUCCGGAGCAGUAACUGAACUUAUCCAGAGUUUUAACAGUAAAAAUGUUUUUCAAAAUAAAUUUUAUGUUAGUGAAAACACAUUCGGAAUUUGCGAUGAUUUCAACGAGCCACUUUGUUCAUAUUUUACUUUAUUGCGUGAUCCAUAUGAAAGAAUUGUCUCCAGUCACGAGUUCUGUAAAACACACCUGGGCGACCCACUUUGCACUGCCAGCGAUGCACGGGUAUUAAACGUCUCUCAGUGGGCAUUGCAUCAGGGAAGCUAUUUCUUCAGGCAGUUGAUGUACAACGGAGCACAGAUUUGCUCACAGUCAACAUUAAAUUCUAAGAUAUUACCAAUUUUGAAAGAAAAUGGUUACCAAGGAAAUAAAAAAGAACACGUGCCUUGCUGGUAUGUGCAUAAGCUUCUUUUAGAUGACAAAAUGACGAAAGAAGAGAAAGACAUCCUGUUGGAUUUUAUCUUGCAACACUUACAAGACUGGUUUGCUGUUGUAGCCAUCACUGAGGAAUACGACAUGUCUUUAAAACUCCUGCAAACUGCAUUCAAUUUGCCCUUCUAUGAUCUUUGUAAAGGGCUUCGUGUCGAAUCUGCUACAAUGGGCGUAACGGAUAUUAAAAAGAAGCUAGCACAUUACGAUCUUGUUAAAAAACUUAAAAGUCAGUUACAACAAGAUUCUGAAGUUUAUAAUGCUCUGUAUUAUGAUAUAAAAAUAUAUGAAAAAGCGUUAGAGAUAUUCCAUUUGCAGAAAAUAGCGUAUUUUAAGCGAUUUGAAUAACAUUUGAAUUUGAGUGGUUUGUGCAUUAAAUUCGCACGAUGUAGUUGAAAUUAUACUUCGACGUCAGAAAUGAAGGCACUCCAUUAAAUUAAAACAUUAGUUUGUGGUGUAUAUGCAGACUGUCACUGCUUGAUGCACUUUAAAUUUGGGCAUAAAUUAGGAUGACCGAAUUAGCCUAUUUAAUCCUGGUAUUAUUAUAAUUCGAAGUUUCACCCCAUCCACAAAUAUCACAACUAUUUGAGUAUAUAGGUAUAGUUUGGAUUAUAAUUUUAAAGUAUUUUUUUAUCAAUGAGCUGGGAAUACAAUAUUUCAUACUAGGUAAUGAGUCAGCAACAGUCAUGGCAGUCAUACACAUGCCUGAUAGAAUUGAAUAUUGAAAAGAUUAUCACAAACUUUAUAUUUCAAUAUUGAUACUCUGUAAUGAUGUAUUUCUGUAAUUGUGAACAAUCGUCUAAGGAAAAAUUAAACAUACUUU